AUGCAGAAUGAACGAACCAUCCAGUUCUGGGAUGAGUAUCACAAAGAGAACGAAUCGAUAGAAUGGAUAUCACAACCAUCCGAGGAAGUCUUGAUUAUUCUUCAAGAUUACUGUUUCGAUGCAUCAGCUCAACUCAAGGAAUUGCGGAAUCUCUCCAUGCUUGAGAUUGGUUGUGGAACAUCUUCGUUGGCAAGAGAUUUUUGGCAGCAUCUCGUCAAAACUGAAGAGAACAAAACAUUCCGUAUGGUUGGGACGGAUGUAAGUUCCGAGUGUAUCAAGAGCAACAUUGAGCGCGAUCGAGAGCUACUCAGCUCUGAUGAAGCUAGUACAACGAGGACUUGCCUGCACUAUCGAACGUUGGAUGUCAUCAAUCCUUCCGAAGGCGAUACCUUUUGCUGCGAAAUAAUUCUAGACAAGGGGUGUCUCGACACAUUUCUAUUUCGAUCUCGCAACCGGGGUGCCAACAAAUCAUCCUACAACCCUAUCAUUCAAUCGCUGCUCGACAAUGUUUGGAAGUGGCUUUCCGACGACGGCGUGUACAUGUUUAUUUCUCCAAGAUCCAAGCUCAAGGCCGUCCGCGACUAUUCUGGAUUCCAAUCCAUUCAACGGCUCGCACUGCCAACAGUGUCGAAUGGAAACUUGGUUGGAAAAACAAAGAGCAGCGGGUAUGUCUAUGUCUGCCGAAAAAACCCUGCUUAUGUGAUUGGAACGACGCCAGCCUUCGCGGGGCGGGACAAAGACACUUUGCCAUCGGAUGCUACGACUUGCCCCAACUGCAAUGUUGAUUUUCUAGACUUUCGAAAAGGUGAGCUCAUUGGAGGACGAGGUGCAGCCUUUUGGACUCGUCAAUGGAAAGGGCACUGCCAACAUUGCAAGGGACAAAUUCGUGCAAGAACUGAAAUAUCAGACAUUUCACCGUUUGAAGAGGAUAAAGACAAGCAUAGGUCAAGCUAA